GUGGAAGUUCCGUUCACGCCGAGUGCGAAGAGCGUGCUCGUGGAGGCCGUGGAGGAGGCGCGAAAGCUGUCCUCGAACGCCAUCUGCACCGCGCAUAUCCUGCUGGCCCUGGUCCAGGAAAAGGACGGCAACACCGCCAAGGUGCUUGAAAAGCUGAACGUAGACCCGAAGAAGAUCCCAGAG